AUGGCACCGAUGAUCGCUUAUACGCUGCCCGCGAUGCAGCUCGUGUGUAAUUUAGUCAUCCCGCAAGCUCCGAACUUGACUAUCAAUAAUGUCGAUUCGGGAGUUGCGACGGGUGCGUCAGAUAAUCGAAACGUAUCGGUUGUAAAGGAAUUACCGGGUCUGGAUCAUGACGUCACUCCAACUUCAAAUCCACCUGUAACUCCAUCACUGCCAACGAUCCAAGCCAAGACUCUCCCGGACGGCUACCUAAGCUUCCCCAAAUUCGGAGUAGCCUGGAAGGCGCAUAAUGAAACUGCAACGUAUCCAGUGGCUGCUAAAAGGUGCGUCGAGGAGGGUGGAAACUUGGCGGUGAUUGAUUCCUGGCGCAAGUUCAACGUUGUGCAGCAACUCCUAUCGAAAGACGAUGAACACUAUUUCGUAGGCAUCACGCGCAUGUACGAAACCAAGGAUUGGGUCGACGUCAGGACAGUGAAUCCCUUCAUUGACCAUCGAAAGAAGUCAGGAUUACCGUUUCUGACGCUUGUUUCCUGCCAAAAUAUCCGGUGCGAUGCCGGAAAUCGCUGGAAAACGACCCGGACGCCAGGGACGAAACAAUCGGAGACAAAUUUCUUACCCUUCCGCAGGAUUGCUCAACGUGCUUUGUAAACGAAGCCUGAAGAUCCCGCUAAGCUCACAAUCAACUUAGUUCAUCUUCAUUCAUCUCACGUAAAUCGUUGCGCUACGCAUACCUUCGCGGAAAAUUGUACGAUUCCUUUGGUGUUCCGGAA